UGCCAGAAAAUUCAGUUACUUCAAAGUAAUAAUAUUUAUAAAGAUGAAGUUAUUCACAAAUUUUAUAAAAAGUUACAUCCUAAUAAAUUGUAAAAUAGAGAGGAGGCAUCAUCAUAGGAUGACCAUAACCGAUUUGUAGCGUUAUAAUGGUUGCUGUUGGCAAUAAAUAUAUAGUAGUUGUGUUGGUGCUGUAGAUAAUUUAUUUAUUUACUAUAUAGCGUGCAGUAUAAUAGUAUAGAAUCAGAUGCAGUUUUUGCAAAUCAAGUGGUUAAAACAGUUUCAACAAGUCAUUGCAUUAGUUUAAAUGUCGCGUCUCAAAGAAGUCUCUCUGUAAAUACGCUGCCCAUGAAUAAAGGGAUCCAAAUUAGAUUGUGCAUUUUUUUCGUUUUUUUUAACAACUCUCUUAAUUGUUUAUUGUUAGAAAUAGUUUUUGACAAGAAGAAUAAGUAGGGUAAAAAAGUUGAAGUGCAGAGCGUGUUUGUUGAGUAUAGUAAAACGGUAAAAUUAAGAUAGAGGUUGUAAAAAAGAGUAUAAAUACAGGAUAAUAUACGGUAUCGUAUACAUAGAGAGAGCAGCAAGGCACAGAAAGCGUGGAUUUGUUACGCACAUUCGCUCGCUGUUUCUUUCUUCUUCUUUUCUGUUUUCGUCCAACACAAAACAACAACGACAGCAACAUUGGAUUGAAGCGAGUCGAUCGGUCUGUAUCUAGAAAAGAGUUAAUCAAAUUUAACGUGGUAACAAUUCGUGGUUCCUUAAGAAGAGAGAUUAGAUCCCAUUGGCAAUGCGAAGAAGAUGGUAGUGAAAGUGAAAAGAGAAACGCUUGAAGCAUGCAUGACAUGCCCUCUUUGUCAUAAGCUUUUGAAAGAUGCUACCACCAUAUCUCUCUGUCUUCACACUUUUUGCAGGAAGUGCAUAUAUGAGAAACUUUCAGAUGAAGAGACAGAUUGCUGUCCGGUAUGCAGCAUUGAUCUGGGCUGUCUUCCGGUGGAAAAGCUCAGGCCUGAUCACAAUCUGCAAGAUAUUAGGACCAAAAUAUUCCCUUUUAAACGAAAAAAGGUUAAAGCCCAAGAAGUUGUUCCCUCAACACCCCUUCCAGCAAAAAGGAAGGAAAGAUCACUUUCAUCAUUGGUGGUUAGUGCUCCCAAAGUUUCAACACAUACCGGCUUUACAGGAAAGAGAACAAAAACUGGUACAAGAAAGUCCGCUGCUUCACGUGGAUGCAAUUUUAUCCCUGAAGGAUCCAUUAAGAGAGAAGAAACACAUGAUGAAGAUACUCUGGCUUCUUCCUUAGCUGAGACUUCUAAGAAGCAUAGAGUCAAUGAAGAUACGAACAACAAUAUGGACCUUACAGAAGGGAAGGUUGAUCUCUGGACGCCUUUGAACUGUCUUGUUGAAGCCGCCAAUAGAACAAAGUCCUCAAGGUUAAAUUUACAAGGGACUCCUGUUGCCAAAAUAGAAUCUCCAGCUACUCCUCAUGGUGGAAUACAGAUGUCUGAAAUUGCAACCAAAUCAGAGCUACCUACAUAUGUCCAGAGUGAACUGCACAUGCCUAAAAGCAAAAACAAGAGUAAUGGACAUAAAACAAAGUUUGGAGAUGACAAAGAUGGAAACACCUUGCUUUCAGGACCGGUCAAGCGAAAAAGGUUGCGUCCUGCUAAUCAGAAGAGAGCAGCAGCAUCUGAGAUGUCUGCCUCAUCACAACUAGUGCUAAAUGCAACAGGGAACAGAUGCAACAGGAAAAAUAGUCCUAUUUGGUUUUCGUUAGUUGCUUCAGAAGACCAGAAUGGAGAUAUUUCCUUGCCACAGAUCUCGGCAUGCUAUUUAAGAAUAAAGGAUGGUACUGUGCCUGUCUCGUUUAUUCAAAAGUAUCUUGUGAAGAAACUUAAUCUUGCUAGCGAAGCGGAGGUGGAAAUAAUGUGCCGGGGUCAGCCUGUGCUCCCAACUUUGCAAAUGCAUAACUUAGUAGAUCUGUGGUUCUGCACGGCAUCAACAUCGAAAAGGCUACCGGCAUCGGUUGGAUCUUCGGCUAAGGACUUUGUGAUGGUUUUAUCGUAUUGUCGAAAGACCUUACUUCGUUGAGAUAGUCCCCUAUAAUAUCUAUUUAUAUGAUGUGGUCUCUAGUUCUUUACAUAGAUAUACAACUACUUGGGGAAAAAAACUCUGUUGUUCCUACUUGGGAACAUGUUCAUUAAUUUCUUCAAUGUUAUGGAUCUUUUUGUUUUGUUUCUCAUGACCUUAAAAUGUAUACCCUCCAAUUUUGUACCAUAUGCUUUAUUUGCUGUUAUAUUUUUAGCAUUAUGAAUAUUUAAUUCUUCCAAUUGACCCAA